UGCAAACCUGUUCAUCCAGUCACUUCGGGUCACAGGUCGUACUGGAGAACGUAGGAAUGUACAUGGGUGCUGGUACUAUGUUCCGUUCAAAAACAAGCGUAUAGUUUAGUGUCGUUAUAGGAUCGGACCGCGAAUAGAACCCACCUAUCAUGACAUCCAAAGACUCCGACGACGGGAAUUUCAUGCGGAAUUUCGCCCGUAGGUUCAGCGCUGCCGUUCCCGGUUCUGAAGACCAAGGUCACGCGGAGGCGGAAAUGCGCGAAGACCCGUCCCUGACCCCCACCAGACUCCAGAUGCGGCGUGUGAGUGAGCCUGUCCUGCUGGGAGGCCGGCGGGGUGACGGGGCUCGGGUAGGGCAGGAUCAGGGGCGCGCAGACGUAGGAGACUCACACCGUCGGGAGACGGGAGAGUCGCUGAAGCGUGGCUCGGCCUACAUCUACGAGAACAGGCCCGGCGCGUUCGCCAGACAGACCAGCCGUGACUCCAUGUUAAAGUGGGUUGUCCUGAUCGACUGGGGACGCUUUGACUUCUUCAAGCUUCCAUUCUAG